CUGAAAGCCGCGACCAAUAUCAGCAGGCAGACCCCAAUGCGGGAAUUCAACUGCAAUUCGUGCAAUUGUGAACGGAAUUCAUGAAACAAACGAGCACAUUGACUCUCACUGCUGAUAUACCAGGGGGUUUAUUCAAGGUGGAAUGAGACGUUGUUGCAUUGACAUCAGCUGAACGCUCUAGUGGAGAACAAGAAGGACUAGGAAAUUUAAAACUUUGCCCCGUCGGCAGGCCACAGGAUUAGGUGCUGUCGUACCAUCCAAACCACUGGGUUCUCCUCAGAGCAAAAACCCCAGAGCCCUUCCCGUCCUCCACCCCACACGCCCACUCAGGAUGAAGACCAGAGAGGAUCUGAACCCGCUGCUGCUGCUUCUCUUUCAGGUGGCCGUGUGGCUGUACUCCAUCCUGGCCUUCCUCCCCUCCCAUUUCUUCGGCACUGUGUCACAAUCUGAAGGGGGCCUGGGCUCGGAACAGGAGCGGGCUCGGAGGCUCAAAGCCCAGUCGGUGACGGGUAACCCAGAGGGGCCCUACAGGGCAAUGGGCGCCACCAAGAGGCUGGUGUCGUCACUCCACCCCGGAGUGGACACGCUUGAUAAGGUGUUUGAGUACGCUUCCAGAAGGUUCCCUGACAGAGACUGUCUGGGCACCAGAGAGGUGAUCAAGGAGGAGGACGAGAGACAAGACAAUGGGAAGGUCUUCAAGAAGGUGAUCUUGGGUCAGUACCGCUGGUGGUCCUAUGCUGAGACCCACAGGGCGGCGGCCCGCUUUGGCAAUGGUCUGGCAGCGCUUGGCCAGAAGGCCCACAACAACAUUGCAAUCUUCUGUGAGACCAGGGCAGAGUGGGUCAUUGGUGCACAGGCCUGCUUCAUGCAGAACUUUCCCUUGGUCACCCUGUACUCGACCCUGGGUGGUCCGGCCAUCACUCACGCUCUGAACGAGACAGAGGUCACUAAAAUCAUCACCAGCAGAGAGCUACUGGAGACACGACUGAAGUUCAUCCUGCUGGAGGUGCCCCGACUGCAGCACAUCAUUGUGGUAGACGACGUGCCCACGACGUGGCCUGGUUACCCACGUGGCAUCAGUGUGCACAACAUGGCAGCAGUUCAGGAGCUGGGGACCAAACCGGAGAAUGUGUCCAGUGAUGGGAAACGCCCCGCCCCCUCUGACAUCGCUGUCAUCAUGUAUACCAGUGGCUCUACUGGCAUUCCCAAGGGGGUGAUGAUCUCCCACAGCAACAUAAUCGCUGGCAUCACCGGGAUGGCAGAAAGGAUACCCAACUUGGGCGAGAACGACACCUACAUCGGGUACCUCCCCCUGGCCCACGUGUUGGAGCUGAGCGCAGAGCUGGUGUGCGUGGCUCAUGGCUGCCGAAUCGGCUACUCCUCCCCGCAGACGCUAGCGGACCAGUCAACAAAGAUAAAAAGAGGCAGCAAAGGAGACACCAGUGUUUUGCAGCCUACUCUCAUGGCAGCUGUUCCGGAGAUAAUGGAUCGUAUCUAUAAGAAUGUGAUGUCCAAGCUGGAGGAAAUGAGCAGCCCUCAGAGGACUCUGUUCACUUUGGCCUACAACUACAAGCUGGAGCAGCUCUCCAAAGGACACAGCACACCCCUGUGUGACAAGCUGGUGUUUAAGAAGGUGCGGUCCCUGCUGGGGGGGAAGAUCCGGGUGCUGCUGUCGGGCGGGGCGCCCCUCUCCGCCACCACCCAGCGCUUCAUGAACGUGUGCUUCUGUUGUCCCGUGGGCCAGGGCUACGGCCUCACAGAGACCUGCGGAGCCGGCACCAUUAGCGAGAUGUGGGACUACAGCACUGGGCGAGUUGGAGGACCACUCGUUUGUUCUGAAAUCAAACUCAAGGACUGGGUGGAGGGGGGCUACAGCAGCACAGACAUGCCCAACCCACGAGGCGAGAUCCUGAUUGGAGGGCCCAAUGUUACCAUGGGUUACUACAAAAAUGAGUCCAAGAACCAGGACUUCUUUGUGGACGACAAUGGCCAGCGCUGGUUCUGUACUGGAGACAUAGGAGAGAUGCACCCGGACGGAUGCCUGAAGAUCAUUGACCGUAAGAAGGACCUGGUGAAACUUCAGGCUGGAGAGUAUGUGUCCCUGGGGAAGGUGGAGUCCAUGCUGAAGAACUGUCCACUCAUCGACAACAUCUGUGCCUACGCCAACAGCGAUGAGACAUACGUGAUUGGCUUUGUGGUGCCCAAUCAGAAGAACCUGCUGUUGCUGGCAGAGCAGUACUGCAUCCGGGGUUCAUUGGAGGAGCUGUGCAACAACAGCGCUAUGGAGGAGGUGGUCCUUCAAGUAAUCACAGAGGCCGCCCUGUCAGCCCAAUUGGAGCGCUUUGAGAUUCCCCGUAAGAUCCGUCUGAGUCCUGACCCCUGGACCCCCGAGACGGGCCUGGUGACAGACGCCUUCAAGCUAAAACGGCAGCAGCUGAAGAGCAAGUACCAGGAUGACAUCGAGAGAAUGUAUGGUGGGAAGUAGGACCAGAGGAGAACGUCUCCAAGCACAGUGUCAACACCUGCUUCGUCCCUACUCUGACCUCCUCCCAGACUAGUCCCCAGAAGCACUUAAUUACUUGAAUCUACUCUGAUCUCCUGAGACCAAAAAAAAAAAAAAACGAGAUUGAGA